CAUAAAUAACAGGUACAAGUUACAACGUUUUCAGUGGCUCUUUAUUAGAUUCUCAAAAAAUAAAAAAUAAUAAUAAUUUUUUUUUAAAAAAAAAAUAGUUGCGAUUUUUUAUUGUUUAUUUAUUGGGUUUCAAUUUUUCGAAUAAAAAAAAUACCCCUUUUCGGCUUUUGGAUUUCCAUUUGAUUUGCUGAAGAAUCCAGUCUCUUCCCUCCCUUUCCCCCACUUUUCAAUUUUUUUCCCGAUCAUCGGAGUUCUUCUUCCUCGGAUUCCGAUCACCUUGUCGACAACGGGUUUCAAUGGAAACCCAUCUGAAUCCUCUCCCUUUCUUCUUUUCAAUCUUCUUUACGAUCUAUAUUUUUGCUUAUUUCCUUUUGUUUCGUAAUUGGAGCCCUAAGAUCCGGCCGGAAGCUGCGAGUUGCGCAAUUUCCUUCGUUCAUGGUACCCCCGCCGUGUUCUUAGCCUCCGGCGCCAUCCUCACCGACGCCGGUCGUGGUUUUGCCUCAUCCAACACAGAUCUUCAAAACACCGUCCUCGAUUACAGCAUCGCUUACUUUCUCAUGGAUCUGUUACACUAUAUCAUCUUCUUCCCUUCAGAUUUGCUCUUCAUCGCUCAUCAUUUGGUCACUCUCUUCGUCUUCGUAACUUGUCGUUACCUUGUCUCUCAUGGCGCUUAUGCGAUUCUUGUCCUUCUCAUUCUCGCUGAGGUUACCAGCUUUUGCCAGAACGCUUGGACGCUGGCUAGAGCCAGAAGAGCCGAUGUUGAGUUCGCUAAUACAGUGUAUAAUCUUCUGUCUCCUCCUUUUUAUGUAUUGUAUUCGAUUGUCAGGGGAUUUGUUGGGCCUUACUUCCUUUACAAGAUGGGUGAGUUCUUCUUCAAUGGAGGAGCUGAGACUGUGAUUCCUAAAUGGGUUUGGAUGUCUUGGAUUUUUGUUGUUGCAGCUGCCAUUUCUGUGAGUAUUUUGUGGAUUACCAAUCUAUGGGUUGAGUUAUACAGAGAAAAGAGCAGCAAAUUGGAGAAGAAGAAGGCAAGGUAGGAGGAAGCAAUUGGGGCUUUCUUCACCUUUUUUCUUUCUUUUAUGGUAGUUAGAUUUUCUUAUAAUUGAAAGCAGGGAAAAGGAUAUGGAAAUUCCUCUCUUUUUUGGUCUGCAACAAUGGAGAAAGAGGAAUUAACCCACAUCUAGAGAAGAAGAAGAGGAGGAAGAGGAAGUAGAAAGCAAUUGGGUUUCUCCUUCUAUUUGUCGCUGUUAGAUUCAUUUAUCAUUCACACAAGGAAAAAGGGUAUCAAAAUCUCUCAAUUGAAAAGAGAAGUUUUGUGGUCAGUUGUUUUUGUUUCAUCCCUCAUUUAGAUAUAACAUCUCGAUUCCUCUUCUUCAAUGAGUAAUUUAUUGUUCUUUUCCAUAUAGUUUAUAUAUAAAUAAAUGAAUAAAUGAAUAAAUAUAUAUUAUAUAUUAUAUAUUGUGAA